AUGAAUAAUCAUAAUAUCAUAUUGGAAAUUAUUAAUGAUUCAUCAUUAUCUAAAAUAGAUAAAUUAUAUCAAUUACAAAAUGUCAUAACAACAUUAUCAAAGAAUGAUCUUAUAGAAUUAAAUGUAUCAUCAUCAAUAUCAAUCAAUAAUGAAUGUUUUAAAUUAAUUAUUAAUUUAUUAAAAGUUGAAUUAUUAAUGAUAAAUUAUCCUAAAGAACCAUUAAUUAAAACAAUAAUGGAACAAGAUUUAUUAAUGAAUACUACUGGUGUUAAAUUAACAACAACAACAACUCAUGAAAAUAAUUUUAAUAAUAUUAAUGAUGAUCAAUUGAUAAAUAUAUUUAUUAAAACAAAAUUAAAUGAUUUACAAAGUGAUUAUCAAUAUUUAUUUAAAGAAUUAAAAUAUGAUAAUUUUAUUGAUUUAAUUAAUAAAAAAAUGUUAAUUCUAAAUAAUCUCAACAACAGUAACAAUAACAAUAACAAUAAUUUUCGUGAUUUAAAAGAUAAAUUAAAUUUGAAAAUUUUACAACUUUAUUUACUUUCAAAUUAUGAUUUCCGAAAUGAUAAUAUUUUAAAUCAUUUAAUCAAUGAAAUUCAUGUCCAACAACAACAACAACAACAACAACAACAUCUGACUAAUACUAUUAUCAAUAAUCCUAGUAUAGAAAUAUUAAAACAAGUACAAUCACAACCAUUUGUAUCAUUUGAAUUAUUUAAUAUCAUUAUAAAUCAUAAUUUUAAUAAUGGUUAUUAUAAUAUUAUUAAUCAAUUAAUGAAAUUUGAUAAAUUAUAUCAUAAUAUAAUUGAAAAUAAUAUUAUUAAAUUAACUAAUUAUUUUAUAAAUUUAAAAAUUAAAACCAUUUAUCAAUUAUUUGAAUUAUCUUCAAAAUCAAUAAUAGAUAAUUAUCCUAUUAUUGAUAUAGAAUCAAUAAUUUUUGAUAUGAUAAUUAAAAAUAAAUUUAAAAAUAUUACUACUAUUGAUCAAUUGAAUCAAACUAUUAAUUUCAAUAAUGAUUUACAGAAUAAAAUUAAUAAUAAUCAGCAUGAUAAUAAUAAUGAUGAUGAUGGUAUAAAAUAUAUUGGAGGAUUAGUUAAUGAAGCAUAUAUGAAGAUUUAA